UGUAAUCUGUGAACGUGUCCCUCGUGUUUCCUAUCUAUUCGGCAGUCUCUCUUCUCUGCUUCGAUAUCUCUCUAUUAUGAACAUUUAUUCAUCAAUUACAAGUAAAUACACUAGAAUUUUUCAUACUAAUGUCAACCCCUUAUUUCAACAAGUAAGGAAUAAAUGGGUUAACAGAUGGAUGAUACGAGAUGUCAAAAGAAGAAAGAUGACCACCGAAUAUGCCCCCAUGAGACUUCGUGUCAAUGCAUUAAGAAAAAAUGAUAUAUUGCCACCAGAAAUAAGAGAAUUAGCAGAUGCUGAGAUUCAUUCUUAUCCCAAAGAUUCAACCCUCCUUCGUUGUGCCAAACGAUGUGUUAUUACAUCUAGACCUAGAGGUGUUGUACAUAGAUGGAGGCUGAGUAGAAUAGUUUUUAGACAUUUAGCAGAUUAUAAUAAAUUAUCUGGCAUACAGAGAGCUAUGUGGUAGUUGAGAAGUUUCAAUAGUAUAGAUUCUAUUUAAUACUGAAUGGAUACUGGAAUAUAAUUAAGAAACUGUUAUCAUGUA